CAACACAACUGUAACGUUCACACACUCCCGCACCCAAACUGGCAGCCUGUGUAGUGUAGCCAGAGCAAACAAAAUGUGAACAUGUGACGACACAAUGUUUCCCGGCGGUUGUGCAAGCUGGAAUUUCCGCCCGAACGGCUAGCAAGCUGACGAGCGGACUAGUGACGAAGAGGAUAACUUAAGUUACCUGGACGCUCGGGUGUUUAGUGUUAUGUCCGCUGUGAGAUAGUGCAUGGCAUGUGGAGAUGAAAUUUGGUUGGUAGGGGCGUGACGAGCCAAGGGGAUGGUCCUGCACUAUCCCCUGUCCCUCCACACGGGCUGAGCUGGCUUGGUGAGGGUACAAGAGGUGGAGGACCACUUAGCUGAGAGAAAGACCAGGUGUAUCAACAGUAACAAUGCCACAGUCGACAAAACCAGGUUGCCAGCAGGCCAGCCCGCUACCGUAUAUAUAUGUUCCCAUGGACACCACUGAUGCGAAGCCAAACAGUGGGAGAAAGACGCUCCGUGAAUCGGUUUCUCAAAAAGAUUUUCAUCUGUGUCAAAAACUGUUAAAUGAAGGUGAAAGUGUCACAUACAAAGAUGAAGAUGGGUCAUCGCUUCUUCAUAUUCUAGCUAAGAAGUACUCCAAGAGAGAGACAAGAGCUCAAAAUAUUCCUUCACUUUUGCUUCAGUACGGUGCAGAAAUAAAUGUUAAAGAUAAAAAUGGAGAUGCUCCUCUCCACAUUGCAGCAAGAGAAGGUCUCAAAGACCUUUGUAUCAUCUUGGUGGAACAUCAGAAGGUGAAUAGUAUGAACCCCAAAGUAAACAUAAAAAAUAAGAAGUCCAUGACUCCCUUGCAUUAUGCUGCUUACCAGGGUGAACUUCAAAUAGUGAAGUUACUGAUCAAAGAAGGAGCUGAUCCUUGUGCUAGAGACCACAUGAGGUACCUUCCUCUCCACCAUGCUGCUGACAGAGGCCAUCAUGAGUGUUGUAAGGAACUCGCACCAUUUUAUGUGGGAGACACAGUCCAAGGUCAGGAAAUAAGUCCACCUGUCAUGCUUGCUGCAAUGAAAGGUCACUAUCGAUGCUUUAAAGAAAUGGUUCAUGUUCAUGCUAAAAUGAAUUUGAAUUUCAGAAAUGCUGCUGGCAACACACCACUUCAUAUGGUUGCUAGAUCAGGAUUUGAAAAAUUUGCUGCAUUACUCAUAGAAACUGGCGCUGCUCUUGAUAUACAGAACAAUGUCGGGAAUACACCAUUAAUGGAAGCUGUCUUGAGAAAUAAAAUUUCUUGUCUGAGUGUACUGAUGGAGAAGGAAGCUAAUGUGAAUAUUAAGAACAAUUCCCAGAGUGGUGUACUUCACGUGGCAGCAACUAAAAAGGCUGAGGAGUGUAUGGAAUACUUACUCAAACAUGAAGAAGUGAAAAAAGAAUUAAACGAAAAAGAUAAGGAUGGCUACACGGCUCUCUUCAUCGCAGUAAGAAAGCACAGUGAAAAAUGUGCAGUUUUACUAUUAGCUGCUGGAGCAUCAACGUCUAUUGUAUGUCAACAAAAGCUAUCACUUCUCCAUCUGGCAGCAGAUAAUGUAAGACCAACAUUAUUAGAGAAACUCUUAAUGAUACGGACAUUGGAUGUAAACGUGAAAAACAUUGACAAUGAGACACCACUACAUGUGGUGGCCCGCGGAGGUUCCAGGGAGGGGUGUCAGCUGCUGUUACGUAAGGGUGCCCAUAUUGAUGCUGCAGACAAGAAUGGCAGAACAGCUCUGCAACUGAGUGCUUACCAAGGUCAUUCUUCUGUAGUGAGGUUACUGAUAAAGUAUGGUGCCAAUAAACGUGCUAAAGAUGACAAUAACACCACAGCACUACAUGCUGCUGCAGCUAAGGGGAACCUAGAAUGUUGUGAAAUACUGUCUGAUGCUGACAAAGCUCUCUAUAAACUACAGGAUAGAAAAAAAAGAUAUGCACUUGAUAUUGCCUUUCUAAAGGGACAUGACAAGGUAUUCCAAUUUCUACUGAACAUCCUGCCAUAUAAGAAUAUUAACACAAUGCCACAAGAUCUACAGGAUCAUCUCCACAGUUACACCCACAAGGCUCUCAAAGGGAGGAAGAAAACAGUUGUAGAGACCAUUGUGAGGAGCCAGUGGUGGGAGGCGGGCUUUGGUGUGGUGAAGAAACACGAGGAUGUUCCCUGUACCAACUUCAGGGAACUUAUCAAAUUGUACCCAUUUCUUGCUCAGGUGGUGAUGGACCACUGCACAUCAGUAACCGAGAAAUGUACUCUGUAUGAUUUCAGACUACUUGAGGACAACUAUUGCAUCAAGGAAGACAAAAACAUUUUACGAUCCUCUGUAAAAAGCCCAUUCAACCAACAGACCUGGGAAGUACUGCCUGCUGCCAAAGAACUAACAUCUAAGGUGUUGGUAUGGAAGAAGGAACAUCCAGUGAGCAUUAUGGCACAUCAUAGAUGUUUAGGCCUCCUUCAACACCCACUAACAGAGGCAUGGAUCAGUUUUAAGUGGAAGUCAUACGCCAGAUGGAUAUUUGCAGGGCUAUUGGUACUACGGCUCUUUGCAGUUGGUGUCCUCAUUGGCUUUAUGGCAACAAUUCAUAAUUGGGAGCAAGUCAAAAAGUAUUCCAAUAAAUCAAAAGAAGUAUUUUGUGGAGUUCUAGAAACUUCUCAUGAUACUGUUAAUGCAGCAGAAGAAAUGAUGACGCCCGAGUUCACGGGAAGACUCCAGUGGAACUCAACUGUGUAUUAUACAUGGCACGUCCUCCUGCUUGUUUCACUCAUUCUUCAGGUCACACUGGAGGUUAUGAGUACAAAGAAGCUGCAGUGGGACUAUGUUGACAGUACCUUCAUCUUCGUGCGGAUCCCUUCCUUGGUGUUGACUACUAUAGUGUGCAUUCCCUCCUGCAAGUGUGGUUUCCAGCUGGGCAUCAAAAUGGUACCCAUAUGGCAGUGUGGCAUCUUGGCUCUGCUGAUGGCAUGGGUCCAACUCAUCCAGAUAAUCAAUAAGCUGCCCCAGUUGUCCAUCUUCACUAUCAGCACCUGGGACUUUAUCAAAUGUUAUUUAAAAGGGUUGAUGUACAUUGGUAUGGUAAUAAUCCUUUUUGCCUUUAUCUUCUUUAUGCUCCUCCGUGAUCAGCUGGCCUUCAAGACGGUGCCACAGUCAAUAAUUAAGACUGUAGUAUGGAUGUUGGGCGACUUAAACUACGAUGAGACGUUUGUGGGAGAAAACAAACUAUCUUAUCCAGUCCUUGUGAAUGUUCUCUUCCUCAUAUUUAUGUGCACAGUUUGGGUGUUUAUCGUUACAUUAAUCAAAACCCCGUCAUCAGAUGAGAGAGAAGUUGCAUUAUACAGGAAGGCAGGGCGAGCAAAUCUUAUUUUAAAUCUUGAUGUGUUAUUCCCAUCUUUAAGAAGAAAAUAUGCUAUAGGCAAGUACAAUAACAUGUAUAAGAGGCCAUGGCUAGUAAAAAAAAUACAAAAUUUCCAGAGACCUUCAUCAUGGAUGUCACGAACUUUGGCACUAUCAUUUAACAUGGUAGCAUUAAUGGAUCUUGAUGAGCUCAAAAAAGAUGAUAAUAACGACCAGGUUCUAUCAAAGUUUGAGGAAUUUUUUCAACUUUUCAAAAAAAAAGUUGAUGGAACUGCAAAUCUUUCUCUGCCAGACCCACAGCAAGAUCAUUUAGAGGCACAGACAAGGAAGUUGGACCAGCUGUUGACUCUCUUUAAUCAGUUGAAUGAUAACUACCAAAAGCAAAAUGAACAAAUGAUAGAAUUGAAGCAGCAAUUAGAUAAUAUGAAACAGAAGUCAAGACACAGUGUACACAUUCCCUGAUCAGAAGGAUAAGUACCUUAUUCUUAACAAUGUUUUGUAUGUACUGUAGCUCGAGAGAUGCUUGGAAAUACACCUGUACUAUGUACUUUAAAAAUUUGGGUCUAUGGUUAUCUAACCUCUGCCCAUAUUUAUUUUGUGAAUUGGUUUAAGUGAGUAUACUAAACAGAGGAUCAGAAUGAAAAUCAUUUUAUUACUGAUGGGAUGAAAUGAUUGACCUUAGGGCAGACCCCACCAGUACUUGAAGGGCAGUAAGAUGUGUUGUUCAUGCAGAGAAUGUUUACAUGGUAGCAAUAAGUAAGCAUUUAUCUCACCAUAUGAAUCCAACUUCAUAUUACAAUUUACUUGUGGCAUCACAAACUAAUGAGGUUCAGAGCAGGAGUCUUAAUACAUAAAUUUAACUAAAUAGUAAAUCUUGCUCUCAAAAUAGAAUCACACAUCCAUGCUGAGGUCAGUUCCUGGCUGUAUGGGAACCCUACACAUGGGAGGGAAUCAAUGUCAUUUCUUUGUCCCUUUGGAUGUACAGUAAAUUGUCACAAUUAAGACUUCCUUUUCUGGCCUGCGAGUCCCCAUGAGAGACCUAACUUAAGUUUAGGAAGGUCAGUGUCAGCUAAAACUCAUGUAAGGCAUCAUAGAUAAGAAACACACUGUACCCUCAGAGUACAGUACCUCGAUAACAGAAUAGAGCUGACUCAGUACAUCCAGCUCAUCAAAGACUUUUAUGGAGAAGUUAGUAUUGAGUUAACGGUAAGUAAGGGUGAGUCUGCAGGUUCUCUUACUGCAAGAUCCCAAACCAGAGCAAUAAUUUAAUUAGAAAUGGUGAAUUUAAAUGGAGGUAAAGUCACAUUAUAUACUAUAUUAGUAUGAAGACAUGCCAAUAAGUGAAUGAACUUAUGAUACAUAUGUUUUUUUCCUGCUUAUACAGUAAUAACAUGACAGUAAUCAAGUCAUAAUGGUUAAAAAUGUCUUCAUGUAACCAGCUUACUGACACAUUCUUUACUAUUAUAAGCACUGUACAUAAGACAAUAAAGAAAUUUUUAUUACA